AUGAAUGUACAUCCAUCCGACGUGUCCGAGAACAAUCAAUUGGAUAUUGUUUAUCAAUUAUCUCAAGAAAUUCAAUCUUCAGCUGUUAGUUUACUACGUACUGAUUUAAUUAAAUGUAUCCCUUCUGAUGAUAAUGGUUUGAAUAAUAUCCCAUCACUGUUUUCAAAUGAUCAACUUACUAGUCUAUUAGAAUAUCUACGUUCACUUAGACAAUGGGCAGUAACUAUUCCAGAUUUACUCAGGAAUAAUAAUAAUAAUAAUUCUAUUGAGAAUAUUAAUAAUUGUCGAAAAGAUGUAUAUAAUUCAAUGAAAAAUCUUUUAGAUUCAUUAUUUUUAUGUUUAUUUAAAGAGGAUAAAAUUGUAUCAUUCUGGUGUUUUAUUCCUAUUCUUAUUCAAUCAAAUAUUAUUCUAUGUUUAUCAAUAUGUAUACAAGUAAUAAUUAAUUUAUUAAGUGAAUCAAUACAAUCUAUUAAAUUAUUUGAUAUUUAUUCAUUAUUUAUUAUAUUAAUAUCUAAUUAUCGUUUAUUAAUUUGUUUAACAAAUUAUGGUUUAACAUUAUGGGGUUAUAAUAAUUAUCAUCAAAUAAAUCAUAAUCGUUUAUCAAGUCAUUAUGCUUAUUUAUUAUAUUUAUUAUUAUUACGUAAUCAACAAAAUGAUAAAAUGCUUAAAUUUAUUCUUCAAAAUUUAUAUGAUAAAUGUUUAAAUGAUAAAUAUAUUUUAUAUUAUAUCAUAGAACAAUCAUGUCAAAUAAUUAAACCGAUUGAUAAUUAUUCAAUAAAAAUAGAUCAUUAUCAAUUAUUAUUAAUACAAUUAGCUACAAGUUUAAAUAAAUUUAAUAUACCAUUAUCAUUGAAUGGAAUGAUUGCUGAUACUGACAUUGAUAUUAAUUUUAUUCAUUUAAUAAUUGAUAUUACUGGAUUAGCAUUAUUAUUAUUAAGUCAAGAUAUAACAACUAAUCAAUUGGAACAAUCAACUAAAUCACAAAGAAUUUUACCUACUAGUAUAAAAUCAUGUUUAGGUUAUUGGAUGUCAUAUCUAACAAUGUUUUAUUCUUCUUCUUCUUCUUCUUCUCGCCUAAUGAAUGAUAUAAUGAAAAUAUUGUUGAAUGAAUGCUCUAGAUUAUGUUCAUUAUGGAUUAAAGAAUUAAUUGUUUGUUCUCCAGAAGAGGAUGUAACUAUUCAGGCUAAUAAUAAUACAGUUUGUCUGCUGCAUGUAAACUAUCCUUAUGCUCGAUUACGUGGUUUAGUUCAUAUACUGGCUAGUAUCACUUUUUCGAAUUUGGAUAAUAGUAGUGACAGUAGUUUGAUUACAAACGAGAGUAUUACACCAAAUUCAGAAGGUAAUGAUAAUGAUAAACAACCUGUUGACGUUCAAUCAUCAUCAUCCAUACUAUCACUUCACCAAAAAAGUAAUGAACCAUCAGAACAGAACAUGCCAAUCACACGAGAGUAUGCUAAUGAAUUAUUAAAAAUUCUUUGCGAUAUUUUAGUGAUUACACAUUAUGCAACUCAUAAAUUUGAGGAAUUUUAUAAUUUUCCUAAUUCAAUCGAAGAUAAUUUACCAUUCAAGAAUGAUCUAGUGAAAAACAAAAAUUUUGCUGUUUAUCCAUCUAAAUUAGCGAAGAAAAUGGUGCUACUAUCUACGAGAUCACCCUUCUCAUUAAUUCAAGCUAUUUGUUUUAAACAAGAUGUGAUUCGGUGCAUAGUUGGAUUGAUUACACAAUUUCCUCAACUAUCACUUUCAUUAGCCUUACACAAAUUUGACGCAGAUAAUUACAUGGUAGGCGAUGAUGAUGUCAGCGGGAAAUUAAUCUAUUCAACAACACCUACACCAUCAUUUUUAUCUACCUUUGAAGUGAUAUUAGAUGCUACAAAUAGGGAUCCAUUCAAUUCAUUCUGUGUUGAAUGGGCUAUUCUCCUGAUCCGGUUAUUGGUAAAAUCAAAUCAACCACACAGUUCACAAGUGAUGUCCGUUUUGUCUUCAAAAUUGAAUGGAUUAAAUAUAUUAAAUGAUUGA